AUGGCUAAAGCGACGACAACUAGCCCUCGAACAGCUGCAAUACAGAUAAGUUGCAGAGGGGAAAGGAAAUACGCGGAGGUAUUAAAGGUUGCCAAAGCUCAAAUAAACAUCGAUGAGCUCGGUAUUACUGAUAUCCGACCGCGAAGAGCACGCACAGGAGCUCUACUGCUGGAAAUCCUAGGGGCGAAUGGUGCGACCAAAGCAGAUGUCCUUGCCGGAAAGUUAAAGGAAAUCAUGACCGGGCAGGAAGAGGUCAUGAUUUCCAGACCGGAAAAGAUGGCCGACGUAAGAGUAAGGGAUAUAGAAGAGUCUAUAUCCAGGGAGGACUUGAUAGAAAAGAUUUCGCAGGUAGGCAAGUGCAGUGUGGAGAAGAUCAAAAUGGGAGCAAUUAUCAAAGCUCUCAAUGGAUUGGGCACUGUAUGGUUAAAAUGCCUCCUCCGACUUGUCGUCGGAGCCAUAACACAAACUCCAAGACUUCGCGUGGGAUGGACCAUGGUCCGUACUGAACUGAUGCUGGCUAGGGCCUUACAAUGUUUCAGGUGCCUAGAACGGGAUCACGUAAAGGCUGAGUGUAGGGCCACUGUAGAUAGAAGCAGCGGUUGCUACCGCUGUGGCAAGGAGGGGCACAUGGCAAGGUUGUGCGCGGCCCCUGCUUUCUACGUAAUCUGUGCCGACCGCGGCGUGAGGUCAAAUCAUCGCAUGGGUGGUAGGGCGUGUAACCCUCUUCCAGCGCGGAAACGGCGCGCCCGGGCUGAGGACCCGACCAAUCGGAACACUCGGCCGUUGGCGUAG